GCCUUGUUGUGACAAAACUGGUCAUAAGGUAGUCAGCUAAGGCCAUACCUGAUACACUUUCCAAUCAAAGCCUGCAAUUGACUGGGUCCGAUAUAGGAAUAUAUUUUUACAUGUGCCAAUUUUGGAACGUGAUAUUUCCCUUUUUUUUAAUUUUUUUUUACUUCAUUGUAGUGUGAAACUCAAUCUACAAUCAUGAAUAUCGACAAAGGUUUUCUGAAUGUAUUAAUAUUAAGCACGGGCUUUAUGUUGGUGUUUUCUGCUUUUCAAACAAUGGGAACAAUCGAGCAAUCUGUCCUGAUUAGCAUCAAGGAAGAAGACCCAACAUUCACGGGAAGUGGCUACACAAGCUUGGCCAUAAUCUAUGCAGUAUUUGCGACUUUUAACUGGUUAGCACCAUCCUACAUUUCCGUGACUGGACCCCGGAUAUCAAUACUUUCUGGUGCUUUGUGCUACACCUUCUUCAUAGCCACGUUUCUUUGGCCACAAACGACCCUGCUCUACGUAGCAUCUGCAAUCGUAGGCAUUGGUGCUGCUCUGAUGUGGACAGGUCAUGGACAGUACCUCACAGAAAACAGUGACGCAGAAACAAUGACUCGAAAUUCUGGUCUUUUUUGGGCCAUAUUUCAACUUUCCCUCUUCGGAGGGAAUAUUUGCGCUUUUUUUGCCUUCACAGAGCCGACUAUCAGCGAAUCAAAAAGAAAAAUGGUCUUUGAAGUGCUAACUGCUCUUGCUGUGAUUGGUACAGGAGUUUUGCUCUUUAUGAGGAGCUCACCACAGAUGCUGGUCUUGGGUGAAGCUGAAGGUGUCUCCAGUGCUGAUAAGGAACUACGCAUACCAGAUAAGCCAAGAGAAAAACCCUUGAUGGCUGCCUGGCAUGCGAUGAGAGAUGCAUUCCAACUCUUCAUUACUCCCCAGAUUUUGCUUCUAUCGAUGACAUUCAUUUACACUGGUCUGGAGCUUACCUUCUUCUCUUCUGUUUAUCCGACGAGUAUUGGAAACUCGGAACAAAUGGGAGAAUAUCGUAAGAGAUACGUCCCUCUUGCAGGAAUUUGUAUAGGAGUUGGAGAAGUCCUUGGUGGAGCAAUUUUUGGCAUUCUUGGAUCUAAGACAAAAGCUUUUGCUGGCUGGCCGGUUGUCCUCACCGGAUUUGUGAUGCACAUAUUCGUCUUUAUUGUCGUCCUAUUGAAUCUAUCGGAUGAUUCUCCCAUUAAGGACACUGCAGAAAUUGGCUACAUCAAGCCUUCUCCAGCCUUAGCCUUAGUUGGAAGUCUGGUUCUCGGGUUUGGAGAUGCCUGUUUCAAUACGCAGAUAUAUUCUCUUCUCGGACUCCUUUACUCAACAGAAAGCGCACCAGCUUUUGCACUCUUCAAAUUCUGCCAAUCAGUAGCAGCUGCUGCCAGCUUUUUCUAUAGCAGCCACUUCGGUUUACACAUUCAGCUAGCAAUUUUAAUGCUAACACUAUUCUUCGGAACUGCAGCCUUUUGCGUAGUCGAUUUGAGAAACAAAAGAGUUAAUGAGAACUCUCUGUCUGUAAUAGAUACUACUCAAACUGAUGAAUCUAGUAUUAGUGAAUGCACAUAAAUAUUUAUGCAUUUUUUUAUAUAUUUAUAGUAAUUAAAUCAUACGUUAUAUACCCAGUUAUUAUUUAAUAAGUAUACUUUUAACAGUAUUAGAUUCUUUGAAAAAAGUGAAGCAAAAAUGUCCUCUUUGAAAAUUUGGUCAGAUGCAACCCUCGAUUUUAUUGUUGUUGAGAAAUCUACUGUUAGAAUUUGUAUAUUUAUUCGAUAAUUUUUCUGCAUAUUAUAUUGAUACGCAGUUUAUUGUUUUUGGUUAUCUUGACAUCAAGUGUAAGUGCAAGAAUAAUUAAGUUUGUAAUAUAUUGAUCUAAAGUACCCUGAUAAUUAUAAUACUUUAUCAUUAUUAGUGUGUGCCAAUAAAUAAAGUUUCGAAAUUCGUAUCACACUAGAGGUGAGGCUUUUUGUGUGGUACGAUUGGUAUUUUAAUUA